AUGGCCAGGGCUGCAGUGGAUGACCCGGGCGCCUUCGGUGUCUGCCCCAGGCCCGAGCACGCCACGGAGCUUGUCGGCUUCGGCCACCUUCCUGGCCAUUGGGACGGACUGUUCCCAUCUGUCCAUUCCACAUUCACCCAUGGCUUGGUUUGUGACAUGGUGGCCACCCUCAGCCUGGUUUGCCACCAGGCAGGCCGGCCACAGCGUCUCAAAGCCACAGGAGUCUGCCAGGAGGUGCCUAUUCUAGCCCCUACCGGAAGCGCUGUUUCCGAGCACCGACCCCGAGAGGCAGGCGGUGAAGAGGCCGAAGCCUUCCCCCACCGUCGUUUUACAGACGAGGCCGUGCUGCGGGAGCGCGACGCCGAGAUCCGCCAGCUGCUGCGCUGGAAGGAGGCCGAGCUGCGCCAGCUGCAGCAGCAGCUGCACCGGGAGCGCGACUGCGCUGUGCGCCAGGCGCGGGAUCUGCAGCGCCAGCUGGCCGACGAGCUGCUGAACCGCGGCUACGGCGGGCGGCAGAGCGGUGGCAGCAGCGGCGGCGGCAGCAGCAGUGGCAAUGGCAGUGGGGGCGCCUUCACCUCGUCCAUCGCUGGGGGCGGGGGCGCGGCGCAGUGCCGCUGCCGCCUGCAGGAUGUGCUGGCCAAGCUGCGCUGGGAGACUGACGGCGAGCAGGCUGCGCGCAUCCGGCACCUGCAGGCCGCCCUCGACGUGGAGCGCAGCCUCUUCCUCAAGUACAUCUUGGAGAACUUCCACUGGGACCCGGCCGCCGUGCUGUCCGCGCCACCGGGCCGCUCCCAGAACCGCCCCGCCACCACCGAGCCAGCCCUCGCCAUGGCCAUCAUCAGCGGAGCCGCCACGCCCGCCCUCGAGGGCGCCGGGGAGCUGCCCCCCGGCCUCAGCUCCCGAGCAGCCGUCACUGCCUCAGCCGCUGCCCCUGCCCCAACCCUUGCUGAGCGCGUGCGGACCUCGACCCUCCCCAGCCGGCCGCGCUCCCUGGACAGCCUGUGCCCCCCGCGGCCGCGCGCCACCGCGCUCUGCCUGGACAACACCUCCCGCUCCUUAGAUGGCAGCCCCGGCCGCGCCCAGUCCCCUCCCGGGGCAGGUGAGCCGGAGGACAGAGCCCGCCUGCAGCUGGGCGGCGGCGAGAAGGGGCCGGAGCCCGAGGGUGCACCAUCGACGCUGCCCAGCCCCAGGCCCACCGCCUACAGCGAGCUGGUGAAGCAGAACUCGGAGCUGGCCGAGGCCCUGGACACCCUGGCUCGCCACUGCUCCGGCCUCCGCCAGGAGAACUGCCAGCUGCGCCGCGGACUCCCAGAAGCCGAUGAGAAAGUGCAGCGCCUCAAGCUCAAGAACGUGGAGCUGGCCGGCAUCGCCAAGCGCCUGGAGGAGCGCGCCCGCAAGCUGCACGAGACCAACUUGCGCACCCCGACCGCAGCCCCAGCCCCGGCGGCAGCGGGCCGCGCCUCCCAGGGGCAGUCCCCUGGGCCCGCCGCUGGGAACCCCAGCCGCUCCGCGCUGGAGCUCUGCCGCCAGGCCUUCGCGCGCCAGCGGGCCAAGGACCUGACCGAGCAAACGAGCGCGCUGCAGGCCAAGGACAAGCAGAUCGAGGACCUGCGCCAGGAGUGCCGCGACCUGCAGGCCCGCGUGGCCGCCUGCCAGAGCACCGCGGGCCAGGGCUCGACCCAGUGGCUCAACGUCAACGACUUCGACCACCUCCUGCGGGAGUCCCAGAAGGAGGUGCUGCGCCUUCAGCGGCAAGUCACCCUGCAGAAGUGUUUCAAGGGCCCCCACACGUCCCGGGCGUCCAGCCCCCGGGCCCAGCCCCAGAGCCCCAGGCGGGAGGGGGAGGACAAAGAGGACAGGGAGGAGGAGGAGGAGAAGAAGGCGGCCCAGGAGGCCCAGCAGGCCCAGCAGGCCCAGGAGGCCCAGGAGCUGAAGCUCCGGCUGCACGCGCUGGAGGAAAAGCUCAGCGAAAGGCAGAAGUGUUGCGAGAGCCUGCAGCUGGACGUGGGCAAGGUCCAGCAGAGGCUGCAGGAGGCCGAGGGCCGCCUGCAACGGCUGACCACCGAGAACAACCGACUGGCCCAAGAGAACGGCAGGUUCCAGGAGAAGGUGCAGUGGGCAGAGAAAGUGGACUCGGAGAACAAUGACAUGCGGGGCAGGCUGGAGCUCGUAACCAGAGAGCGCGAUGCGGGGACCCUGCAGACUGUCCAACUGCAGCAGCAGGUGGGCCAGGUCGAGGCCAGCCGCCAACUGCUGGAGAAGGAGCUCCAAGAAGCCGUGGUCACCCUGGCGGCCCAGCAGGAAGAGGUGCAGAAGCUGCUGAGGGACCAGGAGCUGCAGCAGAGGGAACACGAGGAAGCUGUGCACACCCUGCAGGCCCAGAUCCGAGAGCUGGAGAGGCCCAGCCCCCAGAAAGCAAAAGAGCUCCGACGCUCCCAGCUGCCCAGGAGCAAGUGGGCCAAGAAAGUCCCGCGCCCCCCGGAGGGCCCCAGCCUCCCCGACGCGGCACCUGCAGGCCAGAGAGCCAGCACCCAGACCAGCGCCUCAAAUGCUGGCCCGGGGCCCUUGGGCCUUCUGGCUUCCCCUCCGACGCCCCAGGCGCUUCCAGCCGGUGCCGCCCCAGCCGGCUCAGACCAAGCCCCGGAACCAGAGAGCCCUGCCACGGACAGCCAACCUGGCCAGGACAGCCACGACCCGUCGAAACUGAAAAUCUUCCUGGCCCGCUACAGCUACGACCCCUAUGCGGGCCCCAACGAGCAGCCCGAGGCUGAGCUGGCGCUGACUGCCGGGGAGUAUAUUUACGUCUUCGGGGACAUGGACGAGGAUGGCUUCUACUCCGGGGAGCUGAUGAAUGGCCAGAGGGGCCUGGUCCCCUCCAACUUGGUAGAGCAGAUUUCGGACAGUGAGAUCCUGAACUUCCACGUUCCCGAGGGCAGCGACCUCUCCCUGGACUCCUCCCAGGAAAUGAAACCCCUGGGUGGCGGCGGCUGCGGCGGCGGCGGGGAGAGCGCCAGUCCCGAGGGGAGGGGAACGGACUACCCGGAGGACGCCUCCUGCUGCGAUCUGUUGCCCAAGACCCUCGAGAAGAGCGCAGAGGAGGAGGAAGAGGAGGAGGCUUGGGACUUUUCUGGGGUUCCCUGCCCCCAGAAACUGACUCUGCUCCAGCAGCUGCCCCGGGCCGUGGUCGUGGGCUGGGAGCGGCCCCGUGGCAACCACCCCUACGGAGCCAUGCAAGGCUACAACAUCUACGUGGACAGGGAGCUGUGGCAGAAUAUCCGAGCCAGCAACCAGAAGCAAGUGACCGUGGAGGAGCUGGACCUGAAGACCAGGGCCUACCGCAUCUCCGUGCAGAGCGUGAUGGAGAGGGGCUGCUCCAACCCGCUGGCGUGCUCCUUCCUGGUGGGCCAGGACUUCUGCCUGGCCCCGACCCGGCUGCGGCUCAAGAGCCUCUCCCCCACCUCGGCCGAGAUCUCGUGGCUGUACAGCAACAGUAACUACCCCCACAUGGUGCGCCUCAACGAGCAGGAGCACAGCCUGGCCGAGGCCGGCGUGUGCCGGUACAUCUUCCCCGACCUGCAGCCCAGCAGCCGCUACUGUGUCCACGUGGAGGUGCGGCCCCCCGGGGAGGCCUCCGGGAAGCCCUGGAGGGAGAUGGCCUCCUCGAUUGCUUUCACGACCCCGUUGGCGGGCCCCCCCGACCCUCCCCUGGACGUCCUGGUGGAGUGCCACAGCUCCCCGGGCACUCUGCUCGUCAGCUGGAUCCCGGUGACCAUCGAUUCCGCGGGCUCCUCCAACGGGGUCCCCGUGACGGGCUACGCCGUGUACGCGGACGGCCAGAAAGUCACCGAAGUGGCCUCGCCCACGGCGGGGAACGUCCUGGUGGAACUUUCCCAGAUACAGCGGCAGAAGCUUUUCCAAGAGGUCUCGGUGCGGACCACCUCUCACUACGGCGAGUCCCUGGACUCUGUGCCGGCCCAGAUCCCGGGGGAAUGGUGCAAGCAGGCGAGCGCUUACCCGUCGCCCCAGGCCUUCCCCGUCAACCACAACUGCGGGGAUCCGGCCCACCCCCACAUUCCCGCGCCCUCGAGACUCCCCGUGCCCACAGGCCAAGAGAAGUCGGUUGCGUCCAGCUUCAACACCAAGGCCAGCUCCCCCCUCAGCGCCGGCUGCGGGCGGCCUAAAGCGGCUGCCUGGGACGGGCUCCCGGAAGACGGCUGCAAAAGGAGAAGCCCGAAGCCCUCGGACGGUGAACUGCCGAGCCCAAGAGACGCCGGGACCCCCCCGGGACCCGGAGAAGCCCGAACGCCGAGCCCUCUGGCCUCCGGCAGGAAGGACGCCCACGGGUCCAAAGCCGGCAAGGACAGUAAGGUCUGGAGCCCCAGGCACGUCCCCGACGGCCAGCCGGCGGGGGAGGAGAAGAGCGCCCGCAAUGCAGUUCCCCGAGCGGGUCGCGGGAAGGAGAGCUUGACUUCGCCGCCGCCCGAGAGCGGCCAGGGGAAGGAGAGCCCCAGAGAAAACCAUUCCGCCGCUCUGGGCGGCGGCAGGGCGCCGCGGAACAGUCCCGAAGCAGAAACGCCGAAGGGGAGCGGCAGCCAGUCGUCCGAGGCCCAAGCCGCGGCGGGCAGCCCGGAGGAAGAGGACCAGUACGUGACCGCGUGGGGGGCGAGGACGGCCGGCCCAAAGAAGGAGAUCCGGCUCGGAAGGGGCCCGAGCAGGCCGGCGGGCCGGAAGAAGGAGGCCCCACCGCAAGCCCCCACCCAACCCCCCAGGCCUCUGCUCUAUCAGGCCCCCUCAGAGAAGGUGACGAAGAUCUUGAAAGCGGGCCCCGUGGGGCCCGGCGCAGCGCUGUGGUUCCGGGCCCCGGAAAGCGGCGCUCUCAAAGGCAAUCCUGCCGACUACCCCGUCCGAGUGUUCGUGGCCCUCUGGGACUAUGACCCCCAGGUGAUGUCCGCCAACCACGCGGCCGCCCAGGAGGAGCUCACCUUCCACCGCGGCCAGAUCCUCAAGGUCUGGGGGGACCGCGACCCGGACGGCUUCUAUCGCGGCGAGUGCUCGGGCCGGACGGGCUACAUCCCCGGGAACCUGGUCUCCGAAGUGCAAGUGGAGGGCAGCGACGUGCUCAAGCAGCUCCUCCAGCAAGGCCACCUGCCCUCCGAGGUGUCCCUGGACGGCAUCGUCGGGCUGCCCACACAGCCGCCCGGGCCCCAGAAGAGCUUCUCGGUGGCCAGGGGGGGCCCCCGGCGAGCCCAGCUCUGGCACCCGCAGACCAUGGUGGCCGCCUUCGACUACCAGCCCCGGAAGAGCUCCAGCCUGAGCGUCACGGAGGAGCUGACUCUGAGCGCCGGCGACGUGGUCACCGUGCUGGGCUCCGUGGACGACAAUGGCUUCCUUUACGGAGAGCUCAACGGGCAGAGAGGCCUGGUCCCGUGGAACCUUCUGAAAACCCCCGCCCUGAAUGGCGCGGAGUAG